AUGCCGUGCUUCAAAGGGCUCGCAGUGAGCAUUCACACCCCCGACGGCCCUAUCGGCGAACACGCAAUCCAGAAGCAGACUCGGGCAUCACGCAUCUCAGCCUACAUCCCUGUACCACCAGCAAAGGUACCACCCUCUUCGAAGUCGGGAAAGCCUGAGCAGUCGACCUUCGCAAUCUCAAUCACCCUCCUCACCCCAGGCCUCACCAUCCCGUAUUCAACACCUCAGCCGACCAACGAAGAUCCAUACCCGAGACCGCGCUUCGUCGGAGGUCUUCCCGGGUCAGUGCCCGAAGACGUCGGCAGAGGUCCACUGGUUCAUCCAUACCUUCCCAAGACCAACAAUCCGAAUGAGACGAUAGCAGCGUACAUCUACUUUGACGGUCGAGCGAAGGAGGAGGUAGCGACACUACUACGGAAGGGUGAAGAGACGUGGGUCAAUUCAAGAUGGGUCAGCGUGCCGGAAUCUGAGGGCGGCGGGCUGGCAGAGCGAGAGUUCUUGUUCAGGGAAGUGGGCUUGGAGCGUUGGCUGAAUGGGCUUGAUCUCGAAGGCGGAAAGGACAAGGCUGAGCGGAUAGAGAGGAGGCAGAGACGCCUCGAGAAGAAGCGUCAGAAGAAGAUCAAGCAGGAACCUAACAGUGACAGUGAAGAGGACACCAAGGACGUCUCGGCACGCACAAGAAGGAACGGUGUGCUGCGGUAUGGCAGUGAUGGAGGGUCGUUAGUCGAGGAUGCACAGGAUGAUGGUCUCUUCUCGUCAGACUCGGAUUCCGAGGACGAACCGCCACAACCAGAAGCAGCCGGCCAGAUCAAGGUCGCGCUGUUUCGCGUUCUCGCUAGCGGUGAGAUUAGGCGUGGAGAGUACUCACCCCAGUUCGACGCACACGACGACGACGAUGACAUGAAUGCGAACGGUGCAGCUAACGGAGAUGGCGGAGACGAGGACAUCGAUCACACCACGAGCUUUGCCAAGCCGAAGCAGCUGGAUCCUAAGAGCAUCAGCACGCAGACGGUGACCGGCCUAGACGGCCCAGAAUCGCCUUUUGCUGUCUUCACAUUCUUCUACCGUGGCGAGAAGCAGCUGCGUAAAAUGGGCAUCCUCGAGUCUACGGCGACCGAGAAGACUCCGAUGAACAGCAAGCGGAAAGCGUCAGGUCCAGACUUCUCCAAGCUUGGCCCGCUGAAGUCGACAGGCACCGUUGGGUUCUCCGGCUACCGUGAUGCAGAUUCGAGGAGGCGCAAGGACAAGAAGAGUGGCGAUGCGGACGCUAUGGACAGCGAUGCUGAUGACGAGGACGAUGAGCGUGUGACCAACGGCAAGGAGGACGGCGAUGAAAAGCAAGACAACGAUAAGAUGCUUUCGCCAGAGGAUGCGAGGCGGCAAGGCGAGAUUGCAGAGGGAGUCCAAAAGAUCAAGCUCAAGCGCCAGCACUCCGCCGAGCCACUCACCGAGUCUGCCGUAACGCGCAAGUCACCGUACCUCAAGACCGACGACUCGCCAUCUGGCACUCCACAGUCCGUCAACUCCACCCAAGCCAACGCGGGCACGCCACCAGAAGGCAAUUCGCCUGCACCGCCCGACUCAGCCAUCAUCGGCAGCCCUUUCAAGCGCGCCAGAGCCUCUCUACCAGGUCUCGACAGCGGCAUGCUGGGUCCUCUCGGCUCGAACAGCAACGAAAUCUACCCUCCGACUUCGUUUACUUCCGGACCUCAGGACGCACAGCAACCACCACCAUCGACCGCGGCUGCUCCUGUCAAGCAGGAGAACGCCGAGGUGAAGAUGGAGGAGGAAGACGAAGAGCUGUGA